CAUAAAAAAUAGAAAAAACAUUGUUUUUAUUUCGUUGUGUAGGUCUCCAGCAUCUAACAAUGGACUUUGAAUUCAAAUUACUGGAUCAUUUCAAAUUAUCCAACCACUUGAAUCGAAAUUUCGCAUGCAGUUUUUCCGAUGACGAUCGAUUCUUCAUCAUUACUGAUGUAGGAAUUUACAUUCUAUCAUUACAUGGCAAUGUUGCCUAUGAAUUCCUUGACUUAUGUUGUACCAAGCACUUUCUGCAAGUCUCAGAUUUCGCACCUUGUACGAACAUUGAUUUGGACAUAAAUACUUUCCACAGUGAACUUGACAAGGAAGAUUUGUAUGAAACUCUUAUGGGCAUUGAAUACUCUGUAAAGUUGAAACAUGCCAAACCUGUAGAUUCUGCACCCCUAUUCGCACAAUGGUCACCCAGAGAAAUUGCAGGAACAGACUGUAUGUUAGCUGUUCUCACAAAUUUACAUAGCUUAGAAAUAUACAUGAAAUUCCUGGAUGAAAAUGAGGUAACCCAGUAUAUAUUAAUUUCAAACUUAUCUCAAGAAAUUAUAGAUGUAGAAAAAGAGUAUUGGUCUAGUGCUGUCAGGUUUUCAGUAGCUAUUAAACUCCAGGAGUUCAAGAAGAGAGUUCACAUGGUUACUCCAACAGUUUUCAGGUGGAGUCAUAUAUUCCAAGUAAACCAUGAAAAUGCAUGUGCUGUAUUUGUGGGGCACAUCAAUGGAGAUAUAACAGCCUGGUUGAUCAAUCAUAGAAGUUCUGAUACAAGGGAACCUUCAAAAUUGAAAUGUUUGGGAAGGUAUCAAACACAAUUGGAAAGACUGACAACAAUGUAUUGGCAUAAAACAUCAGAUCAUGGAGGUGCAUUAUUUUUUGGCGGCAUAGAUGGAAGACUCAGUGUUCUUCAUAUAACAAAUUUACACCAAACUAAAGCAACCUUUGAUAAGGAACAGCUUUUUUGGUCUGAAGCUGACAAUGUAAAAAUUGAUGAAAUCAGUGUAUUGGUUCAUGAGAAAGAAACGUUUUUAUUGGCUGUGAAACAAAGAGUAUUGAUGGUGUAUGGGAUCGAUCAUAAAGGAGAUUGUUUUGAUUUCAAAUCCAUUUAUAUUGAAGACUAUUAUAUAACAGGACUAUGCCAUUUCAGAAACAAGAUUCUGGUUCUUUCCUUACCUGGAAUACUUACUCAACUAACUAUCUCGGUUGCAAAUUCUGAAAUAUCAUUUGAGGAGAAGAAUAUUCCCAUGAGAAAUGACAUGACAAAAUACCGGACUCAUGGCUGUUUCCUCACCAAGAACAGAGUGCUAUUUUGUGUGUUGGCCUAUCCCUGGGACCUGCAUAGUUUUUCUAAAAGCAAGAAAUAUGCGAACGUCUUCGUUUAUCAGAAUGUUUCCUUGAAUCCGUUUGAUUUAUUGUGGAACAAUGAGACAAAUAGUUUGGUGAACUAUUGGGAUUGUUUUGAAACAUUAAGAUUGAUUUGUAUGAAAGAAAAGCAAUUUCCAUGGUCAGGUAUACCCCCGGACAUAAACUAUGAUGAUUUACCACUUAUAAAACUGAAAACUCUGAGGUUGAUUGCAAAAAUGUCCGAAAUGGUUUUCAAUUUAAUACCAGUAGUAACAAAUUAUGAAAUCAAGCCGUUUGUAAUACUACACUACCUAGUGGAAAUAAAAUUAGUUAUCAAAAGAAUGAAAAAGCUUUUGAGCUUGUUGAGUUCUAAAAAGAUUCUUACCGAAUUCCAGAUGAGGAGUUUAUGUGUUCAGAACUUUUUCCUGAAGGAAAUUGUGGUUAGGGAUAUUUUGCCUAAAGCCAAUGUAGGGAAACGGUUCAUUGAGGAAAUCAGAAGUGUAAUGGAAUUGGCCAAUGAGUUACAGUAUCCAGACAUGAUGAGAUGUGUUUGGUGUGGAGAAAAGAUCCUAGGUCCUACGUGUCUACCCCCACAUGUAGACAGUCGGUGCUCGUUUUCCAUAAUGCCAAUUCUAAUUAUGCCAGCCUACAAAUGCCCUUACUGCAAAUGUCUGGCGCACAAACAAAUCGAAAAAGAGGAAUAUCCCAUUAUCUGCCAGUAUUGCGACAUCUAUAUGGAGAGGAUACAGAUGAGAGACAAAGACUUAGAAGGAAAAUAUCUCAACUAUAAUGUCGACAAACUGGAAGAGUUUAAGUCCGAGUGCUUUGACGAUUGUUUGGAGGAGAGUAUUGACUUGGUUGAUAUUGAAGAAAAUGAGACUCAGUAUGUGGUGUUUACUGACAGUGAUGACGAUGAAGUAGAAAAUACUAGCAUCAGGAAGUUGUAUCAGGAGUUUUCAAAAACAAGUUUGGCAGAACUGCUAGAGAAGUGAAUAUUCCUUGACGAUUAUGAAAUCACAAAUCAUUCAAUAUAAAACAUUGAACUGGUGAUUUGAAGGACCGACUUUCAGGAAAGUAUGUAAGUUUUUUAAUUUAGAAGAAAAAGCACUAAUUUUGUGAUACUCCAUGUACCUACUAUAUGUGUAUACUCGUAUAUUAUGUACUUUUUACUGAAUAAAUAUGCA